GAAUCCAGUCACUGGCUUCACGUGAUAGUCAGCCAAAGACUCCCAAGAAAAGUGAAUGAAGGGAAAGUCAGGGUGCAAAAAUGAUUGGUUGGAAAUCGGGUCACCAUGUUGCUCAGGCGUUUAUUAUCACUAGGUUUACAAAAGGGUUUGCUCCCCUUAUCACGUGGACUGUAAUUAAACAUAUCCAUAUUCAUGUCCCAUAAGGCUUUUAAUGGGCUUUUGCUGUGAAUAAGCAGCAUCUGUUAUACCUGUCCAUAGCCAGGUCCUACUGUGGUGGAUGAAUGGGCCCUGUAGAUGGAUAUUAAUGUAGUACGCCAGUGCAUGCAAUACAUAUGUGACAAUGCUCAAUAGUGUUUGGGACUUUUCCUCAUGGGCUAAUGGCUGCUUCUUUAUUUUGAACCUCAAGGUUGUAAUAUUGUUGUGUAGAAGUGCUGACAACGGCUGGCCGGUGUGUGCUAAAAAUGGCCUUGUCUCCCGGUACCAGGGGAGUAUUUAAGACCACCCCUUGCUUAAUGGAACCGGCUUCUUUGGCUGACACUUGUAGAUGACACAGGUGGGAUGUUAGGACUGAUAUUGUGACUGACUCUUAAUAGGUGAAUUUCUUGGAGGAUUUGUCGUCAUUUUUUAAGAACUAAGAGAAAAAAGGAAGUUUUUUGACAAUUUAUUGAAGAAAAAUUUGUGUAAAUUUUUCGAAGAAGGCUGUGACGUUUCUUUUGUUCAUAAGGGAGAAAAAAAACAAUUCAGGAAAAACGGAUUGAACAUUUAGUGGAAAAUUCCUAAAAUACAGUGGAGUUGUGAAAAAAACUUUAAAACAUUCAAAUUUCCUUUGAGAAUUUUAAAAACAUUUAUCUAUGAAUGGAUAUUUGACUUGCUGCAGCACGUACUAUACUUAAAAGUGAGAAAUAAUUCUCACAGGAAUUUUUUUAUGCCAAUUUCUGGUGAGGCAUUAAAAAAACAUUAACAAACUGCUCUGCUGAUGAUAUUGACUUUAUUUAUUAACUUUCCAGAAGACUGUGCAUCUCUUCUAAGUGCAAUAAAGACUGAGUCAGACAUAAAAUGGAAACACAUUAAUUUUUGUAUCUUGCACAUUUAAAAAAAAAGGACAUUUCAAUUUGUGCAGAAUUUCUCAUAGGAGAACGAUAUUAACUAUAAAGAACUAUUAAAAAAAAAGUGCAAGUAUGUGGAAGUCAAUAACCCAGAAGCUUUUUUUGCUGUAUUUAUCUGUGCAAAUUAUCUGUGAUAUCAGAAGUGUCAGCAGUGCCAACAUUUUACUUUACCCGUAUGGACAUUGCUUGAACUCUCACCUUUUUCUCAUGGAAAAACUAGGAUCAUUUCUCUCCCAGCACCAUCGUGUGAGCAUGCUGAUUAACAGUGAGUACUCUAUAACAUCGCGCACAGGCAUGGACCUGCGCCGUGUUCAGCAGGUCAGUUUUUCUGCCCCGAAAAACGUGACCACUCUUUGUGACUUAAACUCUGUUGAGAGACUCGUGACGCAAUCACCUAGCGAUAUGAUUGGCGUGUUCAUUGGAACUGGCUUGAAAUUCUGCGAGGCGUUAUUACAGGAUACUGCGACCCUCCACUACCUGAAACAGCAACGUUUCGAUGUCAUUGUCGUGGACUCUAUGGAAAUAUGUGGACUGAUCAUUGCCCAAUAUCUAAAAAUACCAUAUAUAAAACUUCUAACAGAGGGGAUAGGCGACCACGCAGAUAUCCCAAGCCCCAUGGCGUAUGUUCCAGCGAUGAUGGCAACAUUCACUGAUAAAAUGACUUUUGGGGAGAGAGCAAUGAAUGCUGUGAUGAAAAUGGGAGAUAAUCUGAUCUAUUACUAUAUGCUUUACCAGUAUGAACAACUUCAAAAUAAAUACACUGACAUUCCAACAUCUGUACAUGAAACAUCGAGGCGCCCAUCAUUGCGUUUCGCUGUCGCUGAUUUUGCCCUGGACUACCCGCAACCAGUGAUGCCAGAUAUGCUUCUGAUUGGUGGGUUUUUCGUCAGCCAACCAACGUCCCAAAUGAGUGAAACUGUAGAACAGUUUCUGGACUCUGUAGGAGAAGAGGGCUUGGUGGUUUUCAGUUUCGGAUCUCAAGUGAAGCACUAUGGGGAGCACUGGGGAAACCUGUUUGCCAGCGCCCUUGGCCGCCUCCCGCAAAAAGUUCUUUGGCGUUACGAUGGUCAACCUCCAUCCAACCUUAAAAACAAUACCAAGUUAGUUCCAUGGCUGCCGCAGGCCGAACUUCUUGCCCAUCCAAAAACAAAAUUAUUCAUCACUCAUUGCGGAAGAAAUGGAGCUAUGGAAGCAGGGUAUUAUGGGAUACCGGUCAUUGGCAUUCCCCUGUUUGCUGACCAACCCAGCAUGGCCUCUAAAUUAACGGGACACGCAGGAAUGGGUGUGGCACUUGAUAUUCAUUCCUUGACCGCGGAUAAACUGUACUCCACAGCGAAGGAAGUCAUUUCUAAUCACAACUAUAAAUCCAGUGCUUUGAAGGUGUCUUACUUAAUGAGAGACCAACCUUGGAAUUUUAAAGAAAAAAUUCUAUACUGGGUUGAUUACGUGGUGAAACAUGACGGGGCCUAUCACUUUAAGUCUCAAGCGAUCAAUUUAAAGUGGUACCAAUCAAUGAUGUUGGAUGUGAUAGUUUUUUUCAUCUUUUUAUUCCUGAUUGUAAUCAAUUUGUUUAUGUUCUUGUGGAGGGUUCUAAUCCCUAGUUGUAAUUUUAGAAGUAGUGUGAUUCAGCUGUCUAAAUUUAAAAUGGACUGAAUGACAACACAUUGCAUUUUUUACGUACCAUUCAAGAUUGCAUUUUCAUUUAUUUAUAUUUCAUGUUUUAAUAUUUUUACAUUGCAUAUUUAAACUUGUGUUGUUAAAAGUAUUUUGAUGUCUUUCUACAUUGGUUCAGGUUAGAAGAAAAUUUGGUGUGAGUUGAAUUGACUUUGUAUAUUUUUAUCAAGAGUAAAAUUUGAAGGUGUCAGUGUAAUUUAAAUGCAAGGAACUAAAAUUAAAAUGUGAUACUCAUAAAAAUAUUUUUAUGUAUUUACAAGUUUGCAUAAUGUUAACAUAUUGAUCAAAGCUGUAUUUUAAGCACAAACAUUAUUACAGAUUGUAUUAAGAAAAAGGAAAAGUGACUAAUAAAAAAAAAAACUCAGUAACUGA